UGGACGAGAAUGUACUAAUUCUAUCUUCUAUCGCUCUGAGACGACAGACAAAGAAACAAACGGAGAGGCAUGGAAUGGAAGGAUUGAUAUCAGACAUAAACAUAACACUGUAUCGAUCAUAAAAGAAAAAAAUAGUCUUUGACAAUGAAACUCUCCCUCCCUCUCCAUAGCCCUCUCCAUUCCUCAAUUCCAAUUCCAUCAAGGUUCUUCGAAUUCGCUGGAAAAAAUGAAUCUGGUAAGAACUUGGUUGUUUCGUCGUGCCGGUGCUCGUUGCAAUUUCCCAGCGAAAGGUUAAAACCGGAGGCGGUUGCUACGCCGCCUGUGAUCGACGGCGGAAGAAGGGCUUUGCUUGGGUGUCUCCUCUCCGCCGCUGCUGGGGCUUGGUUAACCGAUGUGGCCGAGGCAGUAAGCACCAGCAGAAGAGCUCUAAGAGCAUCAAAAAUACCAGAGAGCGAUUUCACCGCACUUCCCAAUGGUCUCAAGUACUAUGAUCUGAAGGUCGGGAGUGGAGCAGAAGCCGUGAAGGGGUCUCGGGUUGCAGUUCACUAUGUGGCGAAAUGGAAAGGGAUAACAUUCAUGACUAGCCGGCAAGGGCUUGGUGUUGGAGGUGGAACGCCUUACGGGUUUGAUAUCGGGCAAUCUGAGAGAGGGAACGUGCUCAAAGGGCUUGACCUCGGGGUUGAAGGCAUGCGGGUCGGUGGCCAGAGAUUGUUGAUUGUACCUCCGGAGCUGGCUUAUGGGAAGAAGGGAGUUCAGGAGAUUCCUCCGAACGCAACGAUAGAGAUAGACGUCGAGCUAUUAUCGAUCAAACAGAGUCCAUUCGGGACGCCGGUGAAAAUCGUUGAAGGCUGAGAGACUAAUGAUAAAAGAAUAUAUAUAAACAUUGUGUCUGUGAAUCAAUUUCAGUCAUCAGAGAUCUAAAGUUACUUCUUCUCUGUCCCAAUAGAAACUCGAGCUUUUCAUUCUCGUCAAGAGUACAUCAUGGCCAUUGUAUGAUCUUAUGUAAGUAACCUGAGGGGUAGUUACAGAUA